AAACGAGCUUGGCUGGACAACAAAUCCUGUUAGUCCUGACUGCCAAGAUCAUUCCUAUAUCUUUAUAUAUGAUUUUAAUCGAUUGACACCACCAACAUUAAAUCGUGGCUCCUUCCAUGAGCAGGAAUCAACGCUCCCCUACCAAUUUUCAUCCAAAAGUAACUAAUCAAUCAACUAUACAGAAAGGAAGAAUUCUAUCCUUUCCUGAAUACGUGCUGCGUAAAUGGCUGUCCGCUUCAUUUCCGUCCCACGCUUCCCCUGCAAACCAGCUUGUGGCCCAAAAACUUGGCCAGUUUCCCCAUCAUCUCCUACGCAUUUCAUGAAUCUUCAAAAGACUCAUUUUUUUGCCGGUUCUUCUAUCGAUGCCUCAAGUUCCAGGAUGACCAUGGGCAUACCGGCAAUGGUUUCAGAGAAAAAAUCGGUGGACUCUGAUUAUUCUGGAAUUGAUUUCUUCAAAUUGACUUACUUAGAGGGAAAUAGUUGGUUGUGGGAAGUAGGAGGGGUGAAAAUAUUGGUGGAUCCAAUUUUGGUAGGUAAUUUGGAUUUUGGAAUUCCAUGGCUUUAUGAUGCUGCCAAGAAGUUUUUGAAGAAUUUCCAGAUUAAUGAUCUUCCAGAAGUCGAUUGUAUACUGAUUACACAAAGCCUUGAUGAUCAUUGUCAUCUCAAGACCUUAAGGCCCCUCUCUCAAAUGUCACCAAAUGUCAGAGUUAUUGCAACUCCUAAUGCGAAGUCCCUGUUGGAUCCCCUUUUUAAGAAUGUCACAUACUUGGAACCUGGUCAGGCCUACAUCAUUGAAGCAAGCAAUGGCUUUAAAGUUAAUGUGAAGGCAACUGCCGGGCCAGUUCUUGGUCCUCCUUGGCAACGACCUGAGAAUGGCAGUUAUCUCGUAACUUCUCCACACGAUGUGCUUACUUUAUAUUACGAACCACAUUGUAUAUACAACAAGACCUUCUUGGAGAAAGAACAUGCAGACAUUGUUAUUACUCCUGUCAUAAAGCAAAUUUUACCAAGCUUUACAUUGGUUUCUGGACAAGAGGAUGCCGUUCAGCUGGCAAAGCUUCUCUCUGCCAAGUUCAUAGUAGCCAUGAGAAAUGGUGACCUUGAUAGCACAGGAAUUCUUGCUCGUAUUGUCAAGGCUGAGGGAACGAUGGAAUCCUUCAAGGAUAUUUUGUCAAAGGAAUUGCCAUCUGCAACCGUCCUUGAGCCUACUCCCGGAGUGCCUAUGGAUAUAUCAAUCCCUCCCAAUGCUCCCAUAAAUGAACAGUCCUAAUCAUGGCAUUGCUCGUCUUCCAUUCCCACUGCAAAUACUUCCAUGAAUACAAUUUGUAUUUGUAAUUAUUCUGUGCAUACGUGGAUAGUGCAUGUUACCCAUGUGAAGCCUACAGAGAACAUACAAUACAGUUAAGUCAGUUUGUGCUGAAGUUGAGAACUUCAUCCAGUGGUGUCAAUAAUUUUAUAAGAUUAGUUCUUUUGGAUUGAAUCUUACUCUUUGAUUUUGUCUGAAAUUGUCUAGUCAGGUUUGAUGUCAUAUAAGUUCUAUUACUAUACUACACCCAUUCUUAACUAAAUGAUAGUAGAUUUUAUAGAGA